AUGCCUCGAAAACGCACCCGCGGCGAGAUGGAGGCUUCAGAGACGGAGGAGAAAAAGCAAGAGCCUUCACUACUCUCAAGAAUACGGAACAUGUGGGAAUUUGCCUCCGUGAUGCAGUAUAUCUUCACCUUUGGGAAAGCUGUCAAGAUUGAUGAGGACUUUGACAUCGAGGAUUUUGAGAACGAAUGCCUAAAGCCAGGCUACUCUGAAAAACUUGAAGAAAUCGGCCUCACGCUUCUGAAAUGGAUCUCAUCCCAUCGAGGACUCAACUAUGACAUCUGGGACGAGUACACUCGACGACAAUACCUCGCUAAAGCACCACAACUCAACCCCUACGGAGACGAAGAAGAUCCUAAGCGCUUUCGCAACUUCGACAUCUUCACCAAAAUACGAGUCCUCCACCAAUUGACGGUAUGGACGUUUUGGAACCCGGACCGCAUGCGGGAGAAGAUGCCUGAACAUCCGCGGGAGACAGAUCAAACCGAAUGGCGCAUUGAGGAGUUUGGCUACGAUAGACAUGAUCGACAAUACUACCUUCUCGAUGAUAACCGAUUCUACCGGCGCACUGAUCCUCCACUGCCGCCUGCCCCAAAAGCCAAACUCAAGGCAAAUUCAAAGAAGGCCAUUGCGGCCAGACGAAGAGAAAGCAAGCGCAGAAAACUCGAGUCUGAGACACCCGAAGUUGAAGAUGAGCAGCAGGGAAGCACCAAUGAAACUGAAGUCGUUGACAAGAAGCUGGAAAGCUGGGAGAUCGACACACUCGGUGGUUAUAAGUGGGAAUGCGUCGCCAUUACUCUUUCUGACUACCAUGAAUUGUGCGAGAGUCUCAAGAAGACAAAAGACCCAAAUGAAAAGGCUCUACGAGAACGGCUCACGGAGGAGGUCAUCCCGGUCAUUGAAGCUGCUGAAGAGAAACAACGCCGAAAGAUCGAGAGACGAGAACGAGAACUUAUGCUGAUGGAGAAGAUGGUCGGCGCCAAGCGAUCAAGCCGUCUUGCGGACAAACAUGACAGAGAACGACGAGAGGCCGAAGAAGUCGAGGCCGAACGUAAGAGACUGGCCGAUUUGGCUGCUGCGCAGCGCGAACAAGAGAGACAAGAGAAGAUGGAGAGAGAAAGACAAUAUCGAAUGAUGACACGAGAACAACGAAUCAAGGACCGAGAAUACAGACGGAUUCUGAAAGAAGAGGAGCUUGCAAGAGAUGCCCUCGAACAGCAACGUAUCGAGGAAGGUCAGAUUCGGGGUUCUGGGAGACAUCUCAAAGAGCGGAUCGAAAGGAACAAGAAGGAACUUGAGGACCUCGAUGCCGAAGAAGACUGGACCUUUGAUUGUUCUGGCUGCGGCAUGCACGGCAAGAACUUUGAUGAUGGAUCUCAUAGCGUCGCUUGUGAGAGAUGCGGUGUCUGGCAACACAGCAAAUGCUUGGGAAUCUCCAAAUCCGCGGCCGAGAAAGACGACUUUCAUUUCGUCUGCGAUGAUUGCAAGCGCAAGGAAGAGGAUGCAAAGAAACCGAAGAUCUCUCUCAAAUUCAAGGUUGGAACAUCGUCGUCGCCAUUUCAACCAAGUCCUCCACAAACAACUGCUCAAGCACCUGCCAGGUUGCAACUCGCCGGUGUUGAGAUCCCCAGCCACAAUGUCGUGCAUCCACCAAGUCGGGGGUCUAUGGCAAAUGGCUAUCAGUCCCAGUCAUCGCCGCCUAGUCAGUCAGCACCUUCUCCGUCGCGUGCACCACAUGUCCAUAACGACGGCACCCAGAAAUACGCAUAUUCGCGACCCGCUCAUGGCGCUCCUCAACAUGCACAACCCAAUGCAGCUAGCAAUGGGACGUCUCUACCAAACUCUCACCCACGGCCAAUUGAUUUCCAUCAAGGACACCUUGCUGAUCCUCUUCGUGGAAAUCAGACUUCACAGCAGCCUUAUCCGAUUCCCUUGAGCAAUGGUCCAGCGAGGAGUCCGCCUCUGCAAGCUGCAUCCGGUCAUUCCCCCUACUCAAACGGGACUCCGUAUCAAUACCAACACUAUCUCCCUGGUCAGAGACCACUGUCAGCCGAACAAAACACUCCUCGUCAACCAUCACAAACCGUCGCGAAUGGACAGCCCACAACUGGCAGCGGCCGUCUCCCAUCUCCAGUGAUUAACCGCCCAACCAUGUCUCCUACACAAGGCAAUAUGGAUGUUGGCCCUGUUGCGGGCAUCGGUCAGAGGUCACCAGCUCGGGAUCAACACGCCGUGAAUGGCACCGUGCCCUCCAUUAAUGGAUAUCCACAACAAGCUCCCAAUGGUGUACUAUCCCAACCGCAGGGUACACCUCGUCCCCCGAGUCAAGCUCAACCAGCACAGACUCCCAAAACACAACCAUUCUCAGGUCUUUCGCCGAAGAAGCAGCAAACUCCCGUCCCACUUAGUCGUCCAUCAGUGAUACCACAGAAACCAAAUAACAUGUCCCCACCCCUGACAAACAUUUCCCAGUAUACAACUUCUACUGGGUCUGGUCCAGCGGAGAGGAGAACAGUUAGCGGCACACCAAUCCUUCCUCCUGUGGAGGAUCUGAGACCAAGUCCUGAGCAGCUGAGAAACAUGAGCAGCACUGAACCGGUGCCGACGCCUAGUAAGCAAUCUCAACCAUCCCCUCAACCUGUCGCAGGAAUGGAAGGGGAGAGAUCUAUCCAAGGUCCAGCGACGUCGGGUCCUGCCAAUACCGGUACUUCUGCUCAUGAGAUAUCUUUUGCUGGGGCAAACGAGAGCAAGAGCGGAUGA